AUGGCGCCCAACAAGCCAUCCGUCAAGGGGAAGUCGUCUUCAAAGGGCGACUCCAAGACAGGCAAGCCUUUGUCGUCCGCGUCGAAAGUCAACAAGAAAAAUGUCAAGCGCCCGCCACCCAAGGAGGUGAAGUCGAAGGCUCGCACGGAGUCGUCGCUAUUGAAGAAGACAAAGAAGAGAGAAUAUACAGAAGAGGAACUGGGCCUGCCAAAGUUGAAUAUGAUCACGCCGGUUGGUGUCGUGAAGCCAAAGGGAAAGAAGAAGGGAAAGGUCUUUGUGGAUGAUCAGGAGGGCAUGAUGACUAUCCUUGCCAUGGUUAAUGCCGAACAAGAAGGUCAUAUCGAGUCCAAAUUGCAGAAGGCACGUCAGAUGGAAGAGAUUCGCGAGGCGCGCAGAAAGGAAGCAGAAGCAAGACUUGCACAGAAGAAGUCGAAGCUGGACGACGCCAAAGAAUCUAUCCGUCAGAAGAAAAAGCGCAAGGGCGGUAGCAGCGAAGACUCAGCAGCCGAUACUUCAGCGGCUGCAUCUGGCGCAAAGUCAAAAGGAAAGAGGAAGAGUGUUUCUUUCGCAUGA